AUGCAGGAUGCUGUAUCUUUCCCCGACUACCACUGCUUCACAUCGAACCAGACUGGAAACACGGUGUUUCUGAUGCUCGCCAUCGUCAUCCCCCGGUUCAACGGCGAAAUGUUCUUGACUGCCAACAUUGGCUGCGCACUUGGCUUCUUCCUUCUCGCCAGCUGCCUGACUGGACAGCUGGGCCACAUCAUUGGACCGCGGUGCCGACUCUGGUUGAUAGGGUGCAACCUCUUUCAAGCAUGCCUAGUGUUUGCCGCAGGCGCCAUCCAGAACGUCUAUAGCGUCCAGGUCGAGGGUACUCGUGCUCUCGUCGUCGUUGGCCUACUUUCCUUCGCAGCUGGCAGCCAGGUUGUGCAAUCCCGCUCAAUGGCCAUGACCGAGAUCAGCACAGCUAUGGCCACGGCUGCAUGGGUUGACCUGGUCAUCGAUCCGAACUUGGCAGUGCUGAACAACCGUCCUCGGACUAGGCGGGUUGUGUUCCUUGCCUCGUUAAUCGUGGGUGCACUGCUUGGUGCAGUCAUUUAUCGCAACGUUGGGUCGUCUGUGGCCGUACUGAUAUCGGCUGGAGGUAAGGUGCUCGUGGCUUUGCUAUACCUCUUCAAUGAAGCGGAAAAGCCCAAGGUGGAUGCUGAAGAGAUAGCGGAACGUCUGUUCCUCGAUACGGCCUUCAUGACGAUCAACAAUCUUGCCGAACAGCUUCCUUGGCUACUGCGAAAUCUCCAGGCCACUCAUCCUGCGAUUGGCUCUUCGUCUCGAGGAGCUGGACCCGGGUUUCUGGCUACGCCCACCUCUACGGCCAGCCUUUCGACCGCUGCCGUCCUUGCGUCGUCUUUCCGGAAAGAUGCCGUCGUGUCCGGCAGUUCGACCGCGGUAUCGACACUACCACGAGGCGCAGACCUUGGGCUGCCCACCCCUACAUCUACUAUAUCGUCCUUUUCGGCCAGCUCGCGACCGACACCAACCAUGCAGCCGUACGGCGGAGACGCAAGGCCACCGCCGCAAUCUGUGGAGAAGAGGGUGCCCAAGGUGUCCAAGGUGCCUCUGCCGCCAACGGCGUUCAUGACCCCUGGGCCGUCUGCGGUUCAGGCGAAAGGCGGCCUGACCAUCGUGGAUGCCAAGGGCAGGAUAAAGACCACUGCAGUGGCAAGCGUUAGGACUCCGAACAAGACGCCAGGAUCUGCGACACAGACGCGCAAGGCCAAAACACCAGUCGCUCCGUCUCCGUAUGCGCUCGACUUUGGCUCCGAUCUUGAUCUGGACGACUUUGACUCCAUUGUCGACCUGACCGGAGACGAAAUCAACACGGGCUCUUCUUCUCCGGGCGGAGCUCCGCGGGAGGACACACACAUUUGGCGAGAGGACUACUCGGCAAGGCCGGGUUCCGUCUCAAGACGCGGGAAGAAGAGGAAGAGUUGCGAUAUUAGCAGUACCCCUUCCAGAAAGCCCGCGACUGAGAAGAGCAAGGACGUAGAAACCGUCGACGACGGCAAUGCCGAUUUUCCAGACAUUCAUGAUCUUGUGGGCUUCUCAUCGCCCACCACGCCGCGGUUAUCACCACCACAGAAACAGACGGAGCAACUGUCGGUAGUCCGGGAGCCCACACCAACAAAGAAACAGAAGUGCCUGUCGAGCCGCAGCGAUGUGGUAAUGGACUCAGAGGACGAGUUUGUCACCCCGCCGACCCGCAAUGCCUCGUUUGUGGCCUCGCUGGCAAAACCGGAGAAGCAAGAUGGUAGUGUUCCGAAACCUUGUUCCCCCAAUAUCAAGACUGCUUCGCAUGUAGCAGACACUCCAUUACGAAAGACGGCAGAGCGACAUGCACCGAUACCGCCAAAUACAACCAAGAAAUCGGAGGUGGGCACUAGCGCAGAUAUCGAUAUGCAGACCGGAGAUGAGAGUGUUAUCAUUCAAGAGCCGGCAGAGGCUCUGCUUCAUUCCAUCACGGAGGCGUACCAAAAUCAUCUCGACACCGAAUCGGAAGAGUCUCGCCUAGACGACCUGAGCCAGGAACUCCAGGACCAAGAAGAGACCCUUCGCACGCGCCUCUCCGAAGCAGCAAUCGAUCCUUCCAGCUGUCCGCGCGAUUUUGAUGCCGGCAGUCCCAAUAGUGUUGUCAUUCCCGCGACCCAGCACCCAGAGGGAUUUUCGACGCCCAUGACAGGCCGCAGCAGCACCUUUGCUACGAACCACUCUCAGAUCAUACUCCAGACGCAACUUCCACCACCGCAGCAACGCAGUAGACAAGCUGCCGACGGAUACGACUCGCCCAAUGGCCAUCUGCCAGCAAGAAUACACACAAUACCCCGAGCAGCAACGACCCGAGAUUCUGAUGCCAAAUUCCAUAGUCAAGGAGACUACUUUGAUGACGACGACAUAUUCAACGAGAUGGAGGACCUCCCAUCCAUACUUGGUACAGGCUUUUCCGGUUCCGGGUACGGUGCCACGCCAGCCUACGGGCCUGCGGGAUCAACGAACACUGCCUCCAGCAGACGAACCCCCCAUAAGCCUCCUCCGGCAGCGCGGGGGCAAGAGUUCUUCAGCGAUUUCAGCGACGAUAUCGAGAUGCUGCAGGUGGCGGAGAGCUUUGAACAGCAACACUCGUUUAAUGCUGGGUCGACGGCAAGGCCUGGGCCUUCGCGGACAAUCCUCACACCGGCGUCUGGAAACGCGAAGAAAUCACCGAGGAUGGCUUUGGGCGGUGCCAAACAAGCGAGUCAGCUUGCGAAGAAGCCGGCGAUCCCCCUCGAGCUGAUGUGUUUUGACUGGUCGCAGGAAGUGCGCAAGGCGCUCAAAGACCGAUUUCGCAUGUCUGGCUUCCGGCACAACCAGCUCGAGGCCAUCAACGCCACGCUUUCCGGCAAGGACGCCUUUGUGCUCAUGCCAACGGGAGGCGGCAAGUCGCUGUGCUACCAGCUGCCGGCGGUCAUCAGCAGCGGGAGGACAAAUGGGGUGUCGAUUGUGGUCAGCCCGCUGCUCAGUUUGAUGCAGGACCAGGUGGACCAUCUCAAGGCCCUGAACAUUGCGGCGAGCGCGUUCAACAGCAGCACGCCGGCAGCUGCUCGCAAGCACAUCCUUGCAUUGUUCUCGAAGGCGAACCCCGAGCAUUUCCUGCAGCUGCUCUACGUCACGCCAGAGAUGGUGAGCAAGAGCAGCCAGUUCUGCCAAGGCCUGGAGACGCUCUAUCGGAAGAAGAAGCUGGCGCGGCUCGUCAUCGACGAGGCUCACUGUGUCAGCCAGUGGGGCCAUGACUUUCGGCCGGAUUACAAGGCGCUCGGCGAGGUGCGGCGGCGGUUUCCCAGCGUGCCGGUGAUGGCCUUGACGGCGACGGCGACGCCAAAUGUCAUUGUGGACAUCAAGCACAACCUGAGCAUCGACGGCUGCAAGGUGUUCAGCCAAAGCUUCAACCGGCCCAACCUGUACUACGAGAUCCGAGAGAAGGGCAAAGGCGCGGUGGAGAACAUCGCCGAGCUCAUCCAGUCGCAGUACAGCGGCCAGACCGGGAUCGUGUACACGUUAUCGCAGAAAUCGACGGUCAGCAUUGCGGACAAGCUGCGAGACAAGUUUGGCAUCUCGGCGCACCACUACCAUGCCGGCAUCCCGGCCGACGAGAAGACGCGGAUCCAGCGUGACUGGCAAAAGGGACGGAUCAAGAUUGUGGUGGCCACGAUCGCCUUUGGCAUGGGCAUCGACAAGCCGGACGUUCGGUUCGUCAUCCACCACUACCUGCCGAAGAGUUUGGAGGGAUACUACCAGGAGACCGGGCGAGCGGGCCGGGACGGGAUCCAUUCGGACUGCUUUCUCUACUUUAGCUAUGGCGACAUCAAGAACCUGCGCAAAUUUAUCGCCGACUCGGAGGGCAGCGAGGCUCAGAAGGCGCGGCAGCGGGAGAUGCUGAACCGGAUGGUGGAUUUCUGCGAGAACAAGCGCGACUGUCGGCGGUCGGAAAUCCUGCGCUACUUUGGCGAGAACUUUGAGCAGAGCGGAUGUGGUGGGACGUGCGACAACUGCAAGUAUGGCGGGAAGUUUGACCUGACCGACUUCACGCAGUAUGCGGUGGCCGCCCUCCGAGUGGUGGAAGCGUACGAGCUGAUCACGAUGAUCCAGUGUGGCGAUAUUCUGCAGGGAAAACGGCGGCCUGAACCGGAGCAUAGCUCGCUGCAAGAGAUGUAUGGGAUUGCCAGGAAUCUGAAGAAACAUGAGAUCCACAUGAUGAUCUACCGGCUUCUGGGAGAGGGUGCCCUGAAGGAGGAGAACAAGGUCAACCGGAUGGACAUUGCGAUCCAGUACUUCAGUCUGGGCCGUCGCGCAGGCGAGUUCUUUUCGGGCACGAAGAAGCUACAGGUUGUCACUAAGGUUGGCACCGAUGUAGCCGGCCCGAUUGCUGCUAAGAAGACGACGGCAUCGAACAAGACAGGCAAAAAGGCUAAGACGGCCAAGGCGACUGGCGGAGACGAUUCAGUGUCAGGCCGAGCAGCAGCCAAGAGCAGUCGAAAGGGCAAGGCCGUAGCCGUCGCUCUCGACCAAGGCGACGAUGUCGAGGCAGAUGGCAGCGACGCUGAAUCCGACGAGUUUGGCGGUCCUCUGCACGCAAACGGGUAUGCCAAAGACAACUUUGUCGUCUCGGACAACGACGACGACGAUUUCGAAGAGGCUGCACCGCCAAGACAUCCGGCACAAGCACAACGCAAGGCCCGGAAAGUCCAGCUGGACCGAUUCCGGUACGAGAACCAAGGCAGCAGCAACAACGUCAUCCGGCCACCACAGCGGCAGCGCAGGCUGGAAGAGCUGGGCGGACCGAUUGCACAUGACUCGCGGUUGACCGAGGCCAACAUCGACCCGAUUCAUGCCGACAUCAUCGCAGCCUUUGCUGACGAGGCACGACGGAUCGAGGAGAAGAUUCGGAACGAGAAGGGCCUGCGGAUCCUGUUUACCGAGAGCCAUUUGCGCGAGAUGGCCAUCGGCUGGACGGACUCGCUCGACAAGAUGCGGCGGAUCCGGGGCAUUGACGAGGGUCACGUGAAGCGGUACGGCGGCCGGUUUGUGCAGCUGAUCAAGCGGUACCAGGUCAUGUAUCAGGAGAUGAUGGGCUUUGGCCGCGACGAGAGCCCAGAGCGGCCGAUAGCGACAACGACCGUGUCGGCUGCUGCUGCUGCUCGGCCUUUGCGUCGGGACUAUGAGGCCGUGGUAGACCUGAUCAGCUCAGACGAGGACGAGGACGACAAGGACGACAAAGACGAUGAGCCGUCGGUGAGCGAGUCACGUGAGGCUGAGCGUUGGCGGAUGGAGCUAGAGACGCUGCAGACGCAGCCAUCAGGCAAGUCUGGUGGUGGUGGCGGGCGAUCUGGAGGAGGCUCUCGCAAGAGCUGGUCGUCUGGCGGAAGUCGAAAGCCACCUCGUCGUGGUGCAGCCGGUGGAGGCGGUGGGAGCAGUCGGGGCGGAGGCGGAAGCUCAAACUCACGCAGCCGCACAAGUGGUGGAGGAGUAUCGAGACGAAAGGCCCCAGCUUCAGCUUCAGGCUCGGCUUCGGCUGGCGGACGAGGCGGCAUUGGCAUGAUGCCUCUCUGA